GCCCUCCAGCCUCUCGCCAUCGACCUCCUCAACCCCUCCGCGGAGCACGAGAAGCGCAGCCACAAGCUCAAGCGUCUUGUGCAGUCCCCCAACUCCUACUUCAUGGACGUCAAGUGCCCGGGUUGCUUUGCCAUCACAACCGUCUUCUCGCACGCCCAGACUGUUGUCCUGUGCGCCGCGUGCGGCAGCGUUCUUUGCCAGCCCACUGGUGGUAAGGCAAGACUGACGGAGGGUACCUCGUACCGUCGGAAGAACUAA